AAGUCGUUACAUGAUAACAAUAUACGUACACGCUUAUAUGUAUGGUUCGGUUCAUAGAGUUGUUGAUGUGCAUGGUUGGUUAGGGUUUUGAAGUUUUCCAUUCACGUCCUUUCAUUUUCUUGACAGUUUUUAUGGCCCCUAAACUCCAUGCAUUUAGUCCAAAUGGAAACAAAGGAGUUGACACAGAGACAAAGGUGGAAAAUUGUCCACAGGGACCAAGAAAGAGAACGGCGCCGUCUGCGGGACAAACAUAGGAGACAAUCCAUGAGUGUUGAAGACAGAGAAAAACAUCUUGCUAGACGCCGUAGAAAUUAUCAACUUCGAAGACAAAGAGAUCGAAAUCCCGAACCAGAGUUGCACAAUGAUGAUCAUACAAUUAGUUCAAGUAGGAUUCAACUUCACCCUUGGAAUGAAAAUCACUUACCAAUUGCUGUUUCUGCACAAAGUAGUGUCCCUUCUGAUGGUGCACUGCAUGUUGGAUGUACUAAAAGACGAGAGAAACUAAAGGCAAGGAAGUCUCUUGGUGCUGAAGAAGGAGCUCAAAACUCUGCUAAUUAUCCUAAAAAGUUGCGGUUGAAUGAUAUAAGACAUCUUGCGAGAUCACUAAAUUCUCCCAUGAAAGUGCCUCAUGGCCAAAGUUUCCGAAUUGGAGCAGAUGUCACAAAGGACAUUGCAUCUACCAACUGUUUGCAGGUUGGAGGCUGUGGUUCAGGUGAAUCACAGAAAGUGCUGCGUUUAACUCAUUUGAAACGUCUUGCACGGGCAUUAAGCUCUACUGUCAGAGAGAAUGGAGAUCAAAACCAUCUAAGUGGAACACAAGGAUGAAGCAUCUUCAUAGCUAUUGAAGGGACGAAUUCAGAGAACACAUACGCUUGGCUUUUAAAAGUGAUUACAUGAAGUGAUAAUUCAAGUUAAGUCAUUUGCUGUUCCCACGCUUUAAGACUACAAGAUGAAGGCUACGAAUUGCAGAGUAAAGUCUAUUGCGUUUGGUAGAUGAAGAAAAUGUUUGGAUGGGGCUGAUUAACACCUAGUUUUACAUCUUAGGUUUUACUAGAAACUUCUUAAAACAAGUCUCGAGGGAAAAUAUGAACUUAUAAAGGCAGCUGAGUUUAUUGUUUGGCUAAGUGCAAGUCUAGGAUUUUCAGGUUGCACGUUGUUAAUGAGUGUCUUUCAGCACACCAAAAACGAGAAAUUCAUCCCUUUCAUUAUAUUCUUUUUGUCGUUUAUCGCUGU